UCCGUAAGAAAUUCUGGUUAUCUGCAAAGACCAUUUAUCAACGUUGUCCGCGAAUUUUUGGUGGGUGGGCUUUGCGUGGGCCGUGUUGUCGAACAAGCUAAUUGUCGGCAUCUCUCCAGGGAUGGCGCUGGAUGCGGAGCGGGCGGCCGUGCUCCAGGCGCUGACGGCGGCGGCCAGCCAGUCGGUGUCCGACCUGAAGCCGGCCGAGGCGCAGCUCGCCCAGUGGGAGACGCAGCCCGGCUUCUACACGGUGCUGCUGCGGCUGGCCGCCGACGCCCAGAUCGCCGUCAACGUCCGCUGGAUGGCCGUGCUUUACUUUAAGAACGGCGUCGACAUGUACUGGCGCAAGACGGCCCGCAACUGCAUCCCGGAGUCGGAGCGGCCCGAGAUCCGCGGCACGCUGCUCAGCUGCCUUGGCGAGCCCGUCCACCAGGUGGCCACGCAGAUCGCGGUGCUGAUCUCGCGCGUGGCGCGGUUCGACUGUCCGCGCGAGUGGCCGGAGCUGGUGCCGUCGCUGAUGACGCUGGCGCUCGGCGGCGAGCCGCUGGCCUCGCACCGCGCCCUGCUCACGCUCCACCACGUGGUCAAGACGCUCGCCUCCAAGCGGCUGACGGCCGACCGGCGCGCGUUCCACGAGCUGGCGGCGGUCGUCAUGCCGCCGCUGCUGGCCGCCUGGCAGCGGCUGCACGAGGCCAGCCUGGCGGCGCCGACCGACGCGCAGAUGAACCUGGAGCGCGCGCGGCUGGCGCUGAAGACGCUGCGGCGGCUGACUGUGCACGGCUGCCGGCGGCCGCAUGAGUCGGCCGACGCCCAGGCGCUGCUCGGCGCCGUGUUCGAGCGCUGUCGGCAGGCGCUGGAGCUGCGCCGCUCGCUGCAGCAGGCCGGCCAGCCGCUGGCGCUGGCCGAGAAGUACGCCGUGUUGCACACCAAAGUGCUGGCCGACACGAUCGAGAACCACCCGUUCUCGUUCGUGGCGCUGAUCCGGCCGACGCUCGAGUUCUGCGCCGUGUACGUGUUCACCGAGCGUGGCGAGGGCCUGCUGUUCGAGCGCUUCACCAUCCAGUGCCUGAACCUGAUCAAGGCAGUGCUGCUGUGCACCGAGUACCGGCCGCCCAAGGACCCGUCUGACACGAGUGAGCCGCAGACGCUCGAGGCGCACCGCAUCAAGAGCGAGUUCUUCAGCAGUCAGCCGCUGGAGCAGAUGUGCCGCCACCUGGUGACGCAGUUCUUCCCGCUCACGGCCGACGACUUGCGCGCCUGGGACGCCGACCCCGAGGGCUACGUGUGCGAGGACACCGGCGAGUCGUGGCGCUACUCGCUGCGCCCCUGCACGCAGUGCCUGUUUGUGGCGUUGUUCCGCCAGUACCAGCAGCAGCUGGCGCCCGUGCUGCUGGCCAUGCUAGAGCGCACGCUGGCGGCGCCGGCCUCGACCGAGCUGAGUCAGGCGCUGGCGCGCGAGGCCGUCUACAGCGCCGUCGGCAUGGCCGCCUUCGACCUGUACGACGAGGUGGACUUCGACCGCUGGCUGACGUCCGGCCUCCUGCAGGAGUUGGCCAUCAAGGAGUCCAACUACCGCGUGGUGCGCCGCCGCGUCAUCUGGCUCAUCGGCCGCUGGGUCGGCGUCAAGCUGUCGGCCCGCCUCCGCCCGGACGUGUACAGGGCGGUGACGGAGCUGCUGAAGCACGAGGAGGACCUGGUCGUCCGCCUGGCCGCCGCACAGACCCUCAAGGACGCCGUCGACGACUUCGAGUUCUGCCCGGAGACCUUCAUGCCGUUCCUGUCGGACUGCUUCAGCCAGCUGUUCCGGUUGCUGCAGGAGGCCAAGGAGUGCGACACGAAAAUGCAGGUCCUGAACGUGCUGUCGUUUGUGAUCGAGCGCCUAGACUCGGCCAUCCGACCAUACUGCGACGACCUCAUCUCCUACCUGCCGGCGCUCUGGGACGACUCGGCCGCGCACAACAUGCUGCGCGUCGUCAUCCUCUCCACGCUGAUACACCUGGUCCAGGGCCUGGGGCCGGACAGCGUGCGGCUGUACCCGCUGCUGACGCCCGUCAUCCACCUGAGCACCGACCUGUCCAGCGACGCACACGUCUACCUGAUGGAGGACGGCCUGGCCCUCUGGCAGGCCACCGUCGAGAACGCCACCCAAAUGCACCCGCAGUUCAUGGAGCUGUACGCGCAGCUGGUGCCGCUGUUCGAGCUGGGCACGGAGACGUUGCAGGCGGCAUUCGCCAUCAGCCAGGCGUAUGUGCUGCUGGCGCCGGCGGCGUUCCUGGCGCGCCACGGCGCCACGCUGGCCGCCGCCUGUCGCAGCCUGCUGCCCGAGAUGAAGCCCGAGGGCGUGGUCAUGGUGCUGCGGCUCGUGGAGUGCGCCUUCAGGGCGGCACCCGAAACCGCCGUCAGCCUGUUCUCGGGCCUGCUGCCGGCCGUGCUGGAGGCGGCCGCGUCCGGCGAGCCCUACCCCAUGGUGAUGGCGAUGCACCUGAGCCUGCUGGCGCGCCUGCUGCUGGUGGCGCCGGCGCUGUUCGGCCAGCUGCUGGCCACGGUGGCGGCCGGCAGCGGCAGCACGGACGCCAUCCUCUUCAGCGGGCUGCUGGAGGUGUGGCUGGACAAGAUGCCGCUGGUGACGCCGGUGGAGCGGCGCAAGCUGCUAGCGCUGGCGCUGUGCUCGCUGCUGCCGGCCGCCUCGCCGCCGGUGGCCGGCCGCAUCAACCCGCUGCUGCUGAACGUGGUGGAGACGCUGCACGACGUGAGCCGGCCGGACGGCGGCGGCGACACGCUGGUGGUCAGCGGGCCCGAGCAGCUGGCCGCCGACUCGGAGCCCGAGUACGAGACGGCGCAUGACGUGCGGCGCCGCGCGCUUACCGCCACCGACCCCGUGCACACGCAGGUGCUUCGGGACGUGCUGCAGACGCGGCUGCGUGAGAUGCUGGCGGCUGUCGGCGAGCGGCGUUACGCGGAGCUGGCCGCCGACGUCGACGUCGAGACUGCGCAACAGCUCAGGGAGUACGUGCAGUUGUGAGCGGCGCCGCCGGGGCCGCGCCGCGCCUGUUUUGUCCCGCUGGCUGCUUGAGUGUGCUGUGGUGUCGUCGUGCCGCGGCCGUCCGCCGCGCGCCCGCCAUGUUGGGAGCUGUGAUCUGGCGCCCGCUUGCUUCCAGUCGCGCGCGCCGCGGUGAGGAGCUGAACGACUCGGCGGGUUCCGUGUAUGUGUUACGCUCAGGAUUCUCUUCCUCCGGGAAGCGGCGUUGUUUUGGCGCGCGCUGUCUGGCGCGGCCGUGCCCCCUGUGAUGGCCGUUGUAUGAGAUGUCCGACCGGCGGCGGCGGGAGAUGUGCUGUGGCGAAGCGCCGCGGUCGGCACUGAGGACGGAAUGUCGGCAGAAGUGCAGUGUGCAUGACACGAAUGGAGGAAGUGCGGGAGGCGAUGAUAGUUGAUGCACGCCUUAGAGGGUGCCGAGUUUUUUGGGACAUGAUUUAUUUGCCCCGUCACGCUUGUAUCCAAACUUCGUUUGUCAUGCUUCUUCAGAUAUGCUGAAAAUAAAAUCUAAC